GAUAGGCAAGAAAAGACUCGCUUGUCUUCAGGUCAUAGGUUACUCAGUGAGGUGAUCGGAGCUUCUUAGCCAAGGACCAUCAGUUUUGAUAGAUGAUAGAAGGCCUGGCUGGAGUAGAGGAGAGGGGCUGAUGUAGGAAGCAGGGCCACACAUACAGAGCACAAGUGCACCCAGGUUCUGGGACCUAAGGUUGCAUCAGGGUAAAAAAUAAUGAGACCUUUAAGCAAAGAAGAGAAACAUUAACCAAACUGCGAAAAAGCCAAUCCAAAAAGCCACAUAAUGGAAUGGGAUAAAUGGGUGAAUAUAUGAGGAGGUCAUUGGGGGUGGUAAGUUAGAGUGACAAUGAAGGGUGUUGAACCACAUCUAAGAAAGAGGGUCAUGGCUGGAGUUCUCUGGAAUAUAUUUCCUACAUGAUUUUCAGGGCUCCUCUGAGACACAGGGUCCCAGCUUGAUGCUCACCGUGCCCUACAGCCAGCAUUGAUGGAAAGAAUCCAGGGGAUGUUAAGGAAUCUGCAGGAAGGGAUAAGCAGGACCUCCAGGGAGAUAAAGGGAGAAAGUCAGAAGGCAGGGGAAUCAGAACAGACACAAGGAAUGAUAAAGUUGCUGAUAGACAGUGGAAAUGAAAGGAACGGUGUGUACACAGGAGCAGCCAGUAUGAAAAGGUAGAGAGGGGGCACUGGAUUCUCAAUGAGGGAGGGCGAGCAUGAGUGUAAAAAGAGGAGGGGGAGAAGAGAGAGACUCGCUGGAGAAGGAGAGAGAUGGAAGAAGUGCAUCAGCUUGUACAAGAGGUGCAGUAACCCUCUUUGUUGCGGAGAUGUCUCAGGAGUGGAACAGUUCCGUCUCAUCAGAGCUUCCCCCGGGCGGGAUCAUUGUGCCCGUGGUAUUCUCCCUAAUAUUUGCCCUGGGGACAGUGGGCAAUGGGCUUGUCCUGGCAGUGUUACUGAGGAACGGGCAGACCAAGUACAACACCACUAACCUCUUUAUCCUGAACUUGGGCGUAGCAGACCUUUGCUUUAUCCUACUGUGCGUUCCUUUCCAGGCCACCAUAUACACCCUGGAUGGAUGGCUAUUUGGGGCUUUCCUCUGCAAAGCUGUGCACUUCUCCAUAUACCUAUCAAUGUAUGCCAGCAGCUUCACCUUGGCUGCUGUCUCAGUGGACAGGUACCUUGCCAUCCGCUAUCCACUAAAAUCCAGAGACCUUCGGACCUCUCGAAAUGCUUUAGCUGCAAUAGGAGUCAUAUGGGCACUCUCUAUACUUUUUGCUGGACCUUACCUGAGCUACUAUCACAUAAUCCUGUAUAAUCAGGUGCCCAUUUGCAUUCCCAAUUGGGAAGACCGUAGAAGAAAAAUUAUGGAUGUCUCCACCUUUGUCUUUGGAUAUCUGCUACCUGUUCUUAUUUUGGGUCUGUCCUAUGCCAGGACCAUCUGUUUCCUUUGGACCUCGGUCGACCCAGUGAAGACAGCCUCAGAAUCCCGGAAAGCAAAACAUAAAGUAACCAAGAUGAUAAUCAUUGUGGCUGUGCUUUUCUGCAUCUGUUGGCUUCCUCAUCACUUGGUCAUCCUCUGCUUUUGGUUUGGACACUUUCCUUUUAACAAAGCCACCUACGCAUUUCGCCUUGUAUCCCACUGCAUGUCCUAUGCCAAUUCCUGCCUCAACCCCAUUGUGUAUGCUCUGAUCUCCAAACACUUUCGUAAGAGAUUCAAGCAGGUUUUUACUUGCAUUCUCACCCAGAAACGGACACGUAACAAAGUCCAUGCUGUUCAAGCAGCUAACACUGUAGCCGGCUUUUAUGCUGGACACACUGAAGUCACUCAGGUUCAAGAAGACAGUGGCCGUGGAGCUAGGGCAGCCAGGGAGGAAGGUGCUGAUAGUGGCAGCUCAGAGGACUCAGUAAAUCAGAGAAUGGAGGGUGGGAGCUGGUGUACACGUCUGCCUACGUCUGUAGGUUUUGUGAAACAAACUACUUAAUUUUAUGUGAAAGGAAACAUAUCUAAAGGAGUAAUAUUGCAUUUUCAGUAGAGCAUUGUACUCUACAGAACUCAAUAAGAGUGUAAACUCUUGAAGGAGAUGCCUAGUGUUGCCUGCACAAUACUGUGUAAUAAGAUAUUUUUGAAAAUGUUCAAGAGGGAUUCCGAGAAUCAACUGGUUAAGUAUUGGCUCUGUUGGUGGAAACUUCUUGAGCAUGGGUUUUUACUUCCUGAUGUGACUUACACAUUGAGAAGUGAUAAUGCCAAAUCUUCUAUAUUCUGCUGCUAAACCAUGAUGGGGAAAGUGCAAUUCUUUAACGUUCUUACUGAACUAAGCCCUUCAGAUGUUGGACUUUUUUCUUUUUGAGAAAAGAAACAAAUGCAUUUCAAUUAUUUUCUUUUUACACAGAGCUCUAACCUUGAUUAAAGACAGAAGGUGCCUCUGCUGAGUGAGUGUUGCUGAUGGCCUCAUUAAUGAGGAGAUUGAUUAAAAAUGUAUCUCCAGUAUUGUGUGCGAUUCCAAAUAAGCAUGAAAGUAAAAAUCAAUUUCGUCCGAGGGAAGAACAAAAACAGUUUUUUAUCGUAAAAAUAUUUAAGUAUGUCUUUUUAUGGACACUUUUCCCCUUUUUAUAAAUGGUGAAAAUGACAGAUCUUUAAAUGCCUUCUGGCUCCUAAGAAUGAUAGGAAAGUAAUUAAAGACAUGCUAUCUCCUAAUGGCAUUGCACCAUUGGAAGACUAUUGAAUAUUAACAAAAGCACUAAUGACUUCUUGUUGGAGUGCCUGACAGCAGUGAAUACAUAGAUGGUUCAGUCUUUGCCAACAUUUUAUUAAUGUACUAGUUCCGUAGCAGUAUGUGUAUGUGUACUUGAUUAUUACAAGAGUAGAUGUGCAAUGUGUUACCAUAAUUGCUGGAGCACACCACUUUCACUCUUCUACUACUGUUUCUGGUGGUUUAACCUUUCUGUCCUCUUCCUCUUGCUGUACAGAAGACCUUCUAGCCUGCACAUCCUUGCUAAUGUAAAUAAAGUGGA